AUGGGAAGUAAAGGUCGAAUUCCGCCUCCUCAUUUAAGGCGUCCUCAUCCAGGACCUGGUAUAGUUCAUCCUGAUUCAUUUGGUCCUGGAGCGCGUCCGCCGCCUGGUUCCUUUCCUCCUUUUGAGAUGUUACCUCCCCCGGAAGUUAUGGAACAGAAGAUUGCUGCGCAACAUUUAGAGAUGCAAAGACUUGCAACAGAGAACCAGAGACUUGCAACUACACAUGGAACCUUGAGACAGGAACUUGCUGCUGCACAGCAUGAAUUGCAGAUAUUACAUACUCAGAUUGGAGCUGUCAAGGCUGAAAGAGAGCAACAAAUGAGGGGACUUAUGGAUAAGAUAGCCAAGAUGGAAACUGAAUUGAAAGAUGCAGAGCCUGUAAGGUUGGAGUUGCAGCAGGCUCGGGCGGAAGCUGAGAAUUUGGUUGUAACGCGGCAGGAACUGAUGUCUAAAAUUCAUCAGUUGAGUCAAGAACUUCACAGGGCCCACACAGAUGUGCAGCAAAUUCCUGCUUUGAUGUCAGAACUCGAGAGUCUCAGACAUGAAUAUCAGCGAUGCAGGGUUUCGUAUGACUAUGAGAAGAAAUUAUUUCAUGACCACCUUGAACAACUUCAGACAAUGGAGAAGAACUAUAUUACAAUGUCUAGGGAAUUGGAAAAGCUUAGAUCAGAAUUGACUAAAACAGCUAAUGUUGACAUAAGAAAUGGAGGGCCUUAUGGUGGUCCCACUGGGAACAAUGAGAGUGAGGCAUCGGGGCAUCCUGUUGGACAAAAUAUAUAUGAAGAUGGCUACGGCAUUCCACAAGGCCAGGGACAUUCUGCCCUUCCUUCCAACUCUGGUGCUGCAAUUACUGGUGCCGCUGGUAAUACAAGCACUGCGACUCCUUAUGCUGGGGCUCAAUCUGUUGCUGCACCCUCAAAACCUGGUUAUGAGGCACCAAGAGGACCUGGCUAUGAGCCACCAAAAGUACCUGGUUAUGAUGCAUCGAGAGUACCUGGCUACGACAUGCAAAGGGGACACUCAUAUGAUGCUCAGAGAGGGACUGGUUUCGAUAUGCAGAGAGGGACUGGUUUUGAUCCACAAAGAGUACCUGGUUAUGAUCCACAGAGACUUGCUGGUUAUGACAUUCAAAGAGGACCUACAUAUGAUGCACAAAGAGGACCAGGUUAUGAUGUUCAGCGACUACCUAAUUAUGAUGCAUCAAGGGGUGUUAGCUAUGAUGGGGUAUCUAGAGGUCCCAGUGGACCUCAAGGGCACGUUGCACCACCUGCAAACAAUAUGCUGUACAGGUCUGCAACACCACCGACUCAUUCUGGAAGUGGAUACGAAGCACAAGCUAGAGGUGCUGCUGGGCCACACGGGCAAGUGGCCCCUGGAAAAAACUUGCCUUACGGUUCUGCAACGCCGCCAACUCGUCCCGGAAGUGGGUAUGAGGCAUCAGGUAGAGCUGCAAACCCUGUUAGGAGAUGA